AUGAAACGAGCUGUGGGCCCGUUGGACAAGCGUAGGACAGCAACACGCUGCCAAGCUUGCUCUAGAAGACGCAUCAAGUGCGAGGGUGGCUAUCCGUGCAAGUAUUGCGUACGGACCAACAAGCCGUGUGAACUACAACAGCCACUGGCGACCGACGUCAAGUUCGUCGCCGUCGCCAACCCUGUGCAAUCGUGUCAAACGAAUCAGCUUGGUGCACAUGUUUACAAGCACAGAGAAACGCUCUACUUGGACCAAUUUGCAUCGUUCAUGCAGCGAUGCCAGUUCACCAGAGGGUUUGCCUCGGUGACCACGAACCUCGUCCACCUCAUGCAAGAAAGCCCGUCACUUCGAGAUGUUGCUACGGCCAUUGGCGCGCUUGAGGCCAGCAGGCGGAGCUCUGUCAUUUCGUUUCGCGGACACGGGUCGCCUGGCUAUACUGCGCUCAGCUUGUACGGCAGAUCGAUAAAAGCUCUGCAGACUGAGGUUACAAAUAUUGUCUCGGUUCGUCGCGAGGACACCCUAUGGAGCACGUUCCUACUAGGACUGUUCGAGCUGCUGUCGGAAACAGUGGGAGACCGGUGGGCUCAGCACAUGCGCUACGGCACGUCCAGGUUGCUGCAGCUUGCAGGGCCUACCGAAUCUUUGUCUUCUCUCCACCAAACACUGUUUGAAGCAUUCCGAUCCGACUACAAAAAGAAGUGGCAUGCCAAAUCCGAUGACCAGUAUGGAUACACUCAUAAUUCAAACUUCAGCAUUCAGUCACCAAUUGUUCGAGCGGCUGAAUUGUGUCCCAGAGCACCUGAGAUCAACAGAUCCGGAGAUUGA